UUAAUUUAUUACAACAUUCAAUCUUCACCGUUUAUCCUAUUCACCUCAUUAUGUGACCAGCAGAUGUCCGGACGACCCUCGCGAUAGAAAUAACAUUAGAUCCCAUGAUAUACCCACUAUGAGUCGUUCGCCGGCGUCUUCAGGUCUCUUACCAAUGCCUGGCUCGCCGUCGUCGUCUUGGGCUCUUUACCGGGCGAGGUUCGCCUCCGUCUUUCAAAAUGCCGACACGUCGGUGCUGGUCGCCUUCUGGUUAUUCGGGUUGAUCAACAAUGUCCUGUACGUCAUCGUCCUCUCCGCGGCCCAAGACCUCGUCGGGUCCGACGUGCCCAAAGGUCUCGUCCUGCUCGCCGACGUCCUCCCCUCCUUCCUCACCAAGUUAACCGCGCCGUACUUCAUACAUAAAGCCCCCUACUGGCUACGCACAAUUUCCUUCGUAGUAACCUCGUCGCUCGGCAUGUUCAUGAUCGCGCUUACGCCGCCAGAUAAAUCCGUCGGUGCCAAGAUGGCCGGUGUUGUUCUCGCGAGCGUAUCGAGCGGCGCCGGCGAGCUUAGCUUCCUCGGCCUCACACAUUAUUACGGCCACAUGAGUCUUGCUGCGUGGGGAAGCGGUACUGGCGCCGCCGGACUUGUCGGUGCCGGGCUUUAUGUCCUGUUCACUGACUGGAUUGGCCUUACCGUCAGAACCAGUCUGCUGGCGUCGGCGUUCUUGCCCGUGAUAAUGCUUAUCAGUUUCUUCCUCAUACUUCCUAGAGGACCGCUUCGCGAAGGGAAGGAUGCGAAAGAAUAUCGACCCGUGCUAGACGAAGAGUCUAGGGAGGACGACGAUAUCGAAGGAGACGUGCCCGCCGUAAACGCGACUUCGAGCCUACUCUCGCCUAGACCGAGUGCGGCGUCUACCUCCGCAGCCCGCCACGGAGAUGCCGCAUCUAAGUUCCGAACGAACGUUCGACGUGCGAAGUCGUUGUUUUUCCCUUAUAUGCUUCCGCUGCUAUUGGUCUACGUUGCCGAAUAUACCAUUAACCAAGGUGUAUCGCCGACCUUGUUAUUUCCGCUAGAGUCGACCCCUUUCAAGGAGUUCCGUGAUUUUUACCCGAUGUACGGGUUUUUAUACCAGCUCGGUGUAUUCGUCUCUCGAUCGUCGAUCGCCUUCUUGCGCAUUCGGCACCUAUAUUUCCCAUCCUUUCUUCAAGUUGGUAACCUAGUGCUGCUAACGCUACACGCGCUGUUGCCAUUUAUCCCUAGCGUCUAUAUCGUGUUUGUUAUAAUAUUUUGGGAAGGCCUCCUUGGCGGUGCAGUAUACGUUAACACGUUUGCCGAGAUCAUGGAAAAUAUACCGAUGUCCGAGCGAGAGUUCAGCCUCGGCGCAACUAGCGUCAGCGAUAGCGGUGGUAUUUGCGUCGCCGGGUUCGUCAGUAUGGCUAUGGAAGUGCGACUUUGUGACUGGCAGGUUCGUCACGGAAGAGAUUGGUGCCGGAAGAUCAAGGCCGGCUAGAAGAUUCAAGUGAAGAAACGUAGUCUGGGUAUAAAAUCCCUAAUUCGAGGUAGGACAUCUAAUCUACAUAUACAUGCUCUAGGGAG